AUGCCGGGUGAAGCGGUGCCGGGCGAUGCGGUGCCGGGUAGUGCGGUGCGGGGUGAUGCGGAGCCUCGGAGGAAGCAAAGAAAGCGAAGGAAGCGCUACAAGGAGUACUUGUGGGAUCGAAGUUAUGAAAUGCCGGGGCGCACGAAGCGCAGAUUAGACAAGGGAAAUGCAGUUGGAAGCGUCGCUGGCGCCAGUGAUGCUGCGUCCCCUCCUGCAACCGGAGAGAACUCAGCGGCGUCAAACGACAUGCACGGUGCAAAUGACGCGAUGCAGACGACCCCUUCAUGCGACGCCACUACUACAGAAUCCUCGAGUGGUGACGAGAACAUCCCUCCCACCGCUACUAACGCGGUGCCGAGCACACCACCGAACAGGGACGACGGUGCAGACUCAUCGAGCAGCGAGGACGGUGCAGACUCAUCGAGCAGCGACGAAAGUGUCCUUCCUGCAGCUAGUGAGACUGGCUCAGUACCGUCAGAAAUCAGCGAACUGGAUGACAAGCUCUAUCCUGGCUGCCGAAUCAGCCAAGGUGAAAGCCUCCUGCUGGUAAUGGGCCAUAGCCUGCGCCACCAUGGUACAAAAGAAGCGACUGAAAGCCUGCUUCAGGUGAUUGAAGCACACCUGCCGGAAGGAACGUCGUUUCCAAUGUCGAAGUACCUCUUUUAUAAGCAGUUUUCAGGGUGUAAAAAGCUAGCUAAGCUUCAUUUCUACUGCCCAGACACUAUGCUGUAUCUUGGUGCUCCUAAUGAUGAGGACACUGACAUCCUCUGUUCUGAUUGUGAAAGCAGGCACACAAUUUCGAACUUGACAAAAAAUGGCACUUUUUUUAUUACACUUGACAUUGAAAGUCAGUGCCGUGACAUCCUAGAGGAUCCAAAAAGCUCAGUGUUGCUAAAACCGAAGAAGGUGUCGCUUGAUGUUGGGGACAUCACAUUUAGCAAGGCCUACAAUGAGUUGCCCCUGACACCAAGCGACAUCAGUUUCACAUGGAACACUGAUGGUGUACCUCUGUAUGAAUCAUCGAAGUUCAGUGUCUGGCCCCUGCAGCUGCAGGUGAACGAACUACCACAGAAGGAACGAACCAACUCUGUUAUGUUAGCUGGGUUAUGGUUUGGAUCCCGAAAGCCCGACAUGAAUUGUUUUUUGAAGCCCUUUGUUGAGGAGAUCAACCGCCUUGCCUCAGAUGGGUUCACAUGGACUGCUCCAAGUGGCGACACCAUGCACACCCAUGUGUUUCCUGGGCCAUGUUCAGUGGAUACUGUAGCCAGAUCCAUGGUUAUGAACAUGACUCAGUUUAAUGGAGCAUAUGGGUGUGCAUGGUGCGAACACAAAGGGGAAGUUGUUGUGAAAGGAAAAGGCCAUUGCCGCGUGUACCCAGUCUCAAGUAAUGAGACUAUGAGAACGCAUGCAUCUUUUCAGAUGAAUGCAGAGAAAGCAGAGCGCAAUGCCACACCAUGCCGUGGCAUUAAAGGCGUGUCUGUUCUCCUGCUCCUAGCUUUUUUUAAGUUUCCUACAGGCUUCGUAGUCGACUACAUGCAUGCUGUGUGUUCAGGGUUUGUGAAGUACACGACAUGCAUGUGGUUCGACUGCAAGUCAGCGUUCCCAUUUAGCAUGGGAGGUAAGAUCUCUGUCGUUGACAGUAGGUUGCUGAGCCUUCAACCAAUUCAUGAGAUGUCAAGGCUCCCUCGUUCUUUGGUGCACAGGCGGUACUGGAAGUCCUCGGAAUGGCGCAAUUGGUUGCUGUAUUUUUCUCCAGUUGUUCUUAGGGGACUUCUUCCACCUGUGUACUACAAGAACUGGGUACAGUUUGUUUAUUUAAUGCAUUUUCUUUUGAAGGAAUCCAUACCUUUAGAUGAGCUUCGAAGUGUUGCGAAACAAAUGAAACUUUUUCUAAAAGAAUAUGAAAAACUGUAUGGCAAAGAACACAUCACAUACAAUGCACACCUUCUUCUGCAUCUUGUUGACUAUGUAAGAGAAUGGGGUCCGUUGUGGAACUAUUCAGCCUAUUCAUUUGAAAACAUGAACGGUUCCAUUGUCAAGCUUGUCAACGGUACACGGUAUGCACACUGGCAGAUUGUGGAGAAGUACCUUAUUAUGUCAGCUCUGCCAAAGCUAUGUAGCCGUAGCACUUUUUUUUCUCAAUCGUCUGCUGGUCAUUUAAUGACAACAUUGAUCAAACACUAUAAGUUGAAGAAAUUCUGUACAUGCCUGUCUGGCUGUGUCUUUUAUGGCAAAUCUGAGGUAUCUCCUGAAGGCAUCUCCUUCAGUAAGGUUAGAAUGAACGGAGUCCUGUUUUGUGUUGAGCGGCUGGACAAGUCUCGUCGGCUGAACUCUUACGUAGAGGCAGUGUGUGAUGAUGGAAGCCAUGUUUUGGGAAGAAUUGUGUCUAUUUUUUCGAGAACGCAGGGUCGUCACAUGUCUGAUCAAUCUGAAAGCUCUGUAUUAUUUUAUGUUCAGGAGCUGAGAUGUCAAUCGGUGCUUAUGGAUCUCCCUAUGAUGACCAGAAACUUUUCUUGCGUGCAAUUGACCAAUCGUGUUGUGAAGGUAAAUGCAUUCUCAGCCAAGAAGUGUGUUGCCCUUAAAGUCGAAGGAAGUCUGUUUUUAUGUUGUGUUGAUCAGACAUACAUGUUUGAGGCUGUUUAA